AUGCUCGACCUUGCCAGGCGCGCCUUGGAACUCGGUCUUGACCCCAACGAGCCGGCCCCCGGACGCACGAGAAACUACUACUAUGAUGAGCAUGACCUGGAACGCGACAGCCAUGACUACAAUGGCACGAUGGUGCUGCUCAUCGCUGUACGGCGAGCAGACUUGCCGCUUGUCUCCCUCCUGCUCCAAUAUGGCGCAAAUCCAUCCGCAGCUGGCAGGGACCGUGGCAGUGACAACAAUUACUCGACACCCCUCAUCACAGCAGCCCGCCAAGACAACUUGGAGCUCUUCCGCCUGCUCAUCAGCGCCCACGAUGGGACAAGCCGCAAAGUCACGACCUGGUCACGCCGCUCACUCCUCGAGAUGCGUGACUGGCUCGGCCGAACGGCGCUCCACGAGGCAACCAACCGCGGCCAUGACGCCAUCGUACGCUUUCUCAUCUCGCGGGGAAGCAUCGUCGAUGCCCGCGACAGUAGGGCGAUGACGCCCUUGCUCUGCGCCAUCCAAAAGGGCCACAUGAGCACUGUACAAGUGCUUCUCGAGGCUGGCGCGGAUCCCUGGCUACACCGGGACGACUGGCAUGGUGCCCUCGAUCUCGCGGCCGACGCGGUACCUGCCGGGGGCGGCGACCGGCUUGACAUUCUGCGAGCCAUAUGGCUGGCCUUGUCCAAACCUAGACCAUUUGGCCAAAGCUAUGACGCGGAUUGGCACCUGCGCCGGACGCACCGCGUCCUCGCUGGGGCAAAGGCCCCAGCCGUCAAGCUGCUCCUGGACUUGGGUGUCGACCCUGACCUGGAACACAAAGCCGAAAGGACGCCCCUGAUGGCUCGUGCAGAGAGCAUCAGCGGCAAUGUCGACGAGGUCCAGCUCCUCAUUGAUGCCGGCGCGGAUGUCAACUGGUCCGGACCAGUCGACAUCACGACUCCGCUCAUGGUUGCCGUUAUAUGUGGCAACGUCGAGUUGGCGCGGCUCUUGCUCGCUCGCGGAGCAUUCGCGGAUGUCAGAAACCUGGUAGGCUCAUCUGCGCUGAACCUUGCUGCAUCACAGGGUUCCGAGCCCAUGGUUCGCCUUUUGGUUGAUCACCUGGGACAACAACAAAAUCCUGCCGGCGCCACCCUUGCCGACGAGCUCAAGAGGACAAAUAACGCGGGCGAGACCCCUCUGAUGUCGGCGCUCUCGGCCUCCUCUUCUGUAGUCGAGAUAUUCAGGAUAUCAAGGCUGCUGCUUGAGCAUGGAGACCCUGCCGCCAUGGCUAACAGCACCACUAACGAAGGAGUGACGCCGCUGGAGCGCGCUAUCAAUACGUGUGAUGUCCGCGUGCUGGAGCUGCUCAUGGACGCGGGCGCAGACAUUGAGGCUUUGGACAGCCAGGGUAGAACAGCGCUCGCCCACGCCGUCUCCAGUCUCGAGCAAGACAUGGUGCGCUGUCUGAUCGAAAGGCAGCCUCGGCCCGCACAUGUUAAUGUCUGUUGGACACGACCGGCGGUCGAUGAUAUACCGGAGCAGCGCCUCACGCCCCUGGCAAGCGCGGCAUACUCCAACGCGGAGCAGCUCGUCAGGAUCCUGCUCGGACACGGCGCCGAUGUCGAGUUCGCCCUCGGUGUGGACCCGGGGCUGAUGGACCAUGUCCGUGAUAGACAGGCGGAGCGCGGCGGGGAUAUGCUUGAGUUGCUGCUUGAACACAUGAGCAAGGAUCUACAUGCAAGAUAUAACGAUCCUGCCUGGCGAUUAACUCUGGACCAGGAGGUCUGA